UCUCUGUGUAAUUAGCAAUUAUAGUUAUUCGAGAAAAAAUGUGGGCAAAUCGGUCACUCACAACUCACUAGCGCAGAUCUGCUGUUUGAUCAUUUGCCCCACUCACACUAAACACAAAAAACUAAUCUUUUUCUCUUUCAUUUCCUGACCAAAGUAGAAAGUGGGAUUUCAACUGCGAAGCUUAUUUCUUGAUCCUUUUGAUUAAUCCACAAGAAAAGGGCAGCAGGAAAGGAAAAAAAGUGCUGCAGUGAGUAAGAUUGAUCUAAUUUGGGAGUUCAGAAAUUUGUAUGCUGUAAAGAUUUGAUGUUUAUUUGAAGGGUGGUCAUAUUCUGGUGGGUUUUGGAUGUUGUGCGAGACUGUAGUAUGUGGUGAGAAAUGAGGUUUUGGAUUAUUGAGAAAUGGGGUGUGUUUUUGGAAAACAGAUCCAGUCUAGGCCACCCAGUGGCGAUCUUGUAGUUGAGAGGGAGAGAGAGAAAGAUGAGGCCGUGCCAUCUGGGAAGAGAGAGAAAGUAGUGGUUGGUUCAGUUAGUAAAUCUGAGGAGGGAGGUGAUGGUGGAGGAGGGCGUAGUGAACUUCAGAAUGGAGGCCAAAAGGAGGAGUUGGAGCGGAAGGAUGAGAAUGCAAGACGGCCAAGAGGUGGGAGGAGAAGGUCGAGGCCAAAUCCGAGGCUGAGUAAUCCUCCUAAGAACAUCCAUGGAGAGCAAGUAGCUGCCGGGUGGCCAUCUUGGCUCUCUGCUGUGGCCGGGGAGGCUAUCAAUGGAUGGACACCUCGUCGUGCUGAUUCAUUUGAAAAGAUUGAUAAGAUUGGACAAGGUACUUAUAGUAAUGUGUAUAAAGCUAGAGACAGCAUAACGGGGAAGAUUGUUGCGUUAAAGAAGGUUAGAUUCGAUAACUUGGAACCGGAGAGCGUGAGGUUCAUGGCAAGGGAGAUAUUGAUCUUGCGCCGCUUGGAUCAUCCCAAUGUCGUGAAGUUGCUUGGCUUGGUGACAUCACGGAUGUCGUGUAGUUUGUACCUCGUGUUUGAUUACAUGGAACAUGAUUUGGCAGGCCUUGCAUCGAGCCCUGGGGUCAAGUUUACCGAGCCUCAGGUCAAAUGCUACAUGCAUCAGUUAAUAUCUGGCCUUGAACACUGCCAUGGCCGCCAUGUGUUGCACCGUGAUAUCAAGGGGUCAAAUCUCCUCAUUGAUGACACGGGGGUGCUUAAGAUUGCUGAUUUCGGAUUGGCUUCCACCUAUGACCCUAAUAGCAAGCAGCUAAUGACUAGUCGUGUGGUCACCCUUUGGUAUAGGCCACCGGAGCUGCUUCUUGGUGCCACUGAGUAUGGUGUAGGUGUAGACUUGUGGAGCGCGGGUUGCAUUCUGGCCGAGCUAUUCGCUGGGAAGCCUAUCAUGACUGGAAGAACCGAGGUGGAACAGCUGCACAGAAUUUUCAAGCUAUGCGGCUCUCCAUCCGAAGAGUACUGGAAAAAGGCGAAGCUUCCUCACGCAACCAUAUUCAAGCCCCAACACUCGUAUAAAAGAUGCAUAAACGAGACGUUUAAGGACUUCCCACCAUCUGCAUUGUCUCUGAUCGGCACUCUCCUUGCAAUUGAUCCGAGCGAACGUCAAACUGCUACAGCGGCACUAGAGAGCGAGUUCUUCACAACCGAGCCAUAUGCGUGUGAUCCUUCCAGCCUCCCGAAGUAUCCACCAAGUAAGGAGAUGGACGCCAAGCGUCGAGACGAAGAAGCACGAAGGCUGAGAGCUGCUGGUAAACCCCAAAACGACACUGGCAAGAAGGCUCGUCCCCGAGGAAACCGAGCAAUGCCUGCUCCUGAAGCCAACGCUGAGCUACAAACCAACAUCGAUAGACGGCGUCUGAUCAGCCACGCAAACGCAAAGAGCAAAAGCGAAAAGUUCCCUCCUCCACACCAGGAUGGAGGGCUUGGUUUCCCUCUGGGCUCGUCUCAUCACAUCGACCCAGCCUUUGAUCCUCCUGACGUACCAUUCUCUUCCAUGAACUUCUCCUAUGCCAAAGACCCGAUCCAGACCUGGUCGGGCCCGCUGGCAAACCCUUCCUCGUUUGGAGCUCCACGGAGAAAAUCUAAGCCAUCAAAGAAGGAUCACCGUAAAGAUAAGAGCUCCACCCGAAGCAACGAGAUAGACACGGUAACAUAGCAUUGUUUUUAUAAUUGAUCAACACAAGGAGGUACCGGUGCUGCAAAUGUGUGUGCUGUUGUCUGAGCCAAGAAACGUCGAACUGUUUCAAGAGGUAACAGAAUCUUCUAGUCACGAUGGUGUUUUCGACUGCUUUUGGGAUCAGCAGAGCUUUUCUUCUUGUAUGUUAACUCACAUUUUUGGCCUCGUUAAGGUUUAAUAUCACUGUCUCUCGAACCCUUUCCGUGGCUUGGUUUUCGAUUGAUUGGGGCAAUCUCGUGACUGAAAAGUUAUGGGUCCGGUUCCCACCAACGCCUUCUAUGUCGAGCUAAUCAGAGCGUACUCACGAGUAACGACCAUCGAAUGGUUGCUAGACUAGAUGUUGUGUUACAUUGGUAUAUACUAGUACUACUACUAUACUUUUAGCCCAAAGGUAUUUAUUUAUUUUUCUCUGAAUAUCAGAAAUCUUGCUGUUUUAGUGAUUUUUCUGUAGUGUUUUUUCUAUGUAGCUUAGUUUUGUUUUUUAGUUUAACCAGGAUGCUGAAAAAACUCAAUGAAAUAAUUUACUUUUAGUAAGCAUUCUCACAUUUGAUGUGAAUUGUAAUUA